AUGUCAAUACAUUGUCGACAUGAGAAAAAAAAUCAAUUACCAUCAGAUGAUGAAGUAAAUACAAAACCUGUUGGUUAUACUCAUAUUAUUGACUCAAAAUUUGCACCAGAAAAACAUUUUGAACCAUGGAAUUUAUCAGAUAUUUCAAAAAAUCGAGAAUACUUUUCAAAUAAUAAAAUAACCAAUAAAGCAUCGUGUGAACCAUUGAAUCAGCCAUCUUCUUCACGUAAUUACGGAUGGAAUGAAAUUGAACAAAAUGAAGAGGAAAUAGAACGAUUACGUCAAUUACUUCCUAUUUGGGAUGCUGAACGUAUCGCUAUAUUAAAACUUCAACAUGAUUUAGAUAAAAAUAUUUUUAAACGUACACUUGACUAUAUUAAACGUAUAGGUCAAAGUAUUGGAUUAGGUCUUUGGUUAUGGGUACAUCGUCCAGCUAAUUGUUCUAAUAUUUCUAAUCUAUAUCAACAACAACAAAGAUCCCCUGAUUUAAUCUGUUCACCAUGUCCAGAUGUAUUAAAUGAUUCUUCAUUAGAAAAAAACCAUCAUAAACAGGAUUAUUUACUACCAUCGAUCGAGAGUUUAUCUGAUUCAUUCUGGCUUAAACGUCUCGUUCUGAAUGAACCACAAGAAUAUUUGCCUCCAAUAGUUAGAGCUAUGAAAAAUAUGCUCGAUAAUAAUGCACUUGUUUGGAAUUCUGAGAAACAAGAAGAAAGUGUUUGGCCACAUUUUAUAAAUCAAUAUCGAAUGACACAAAAUAAAUCAUUUCUUCGGAAUCUAUAUGGAAAUAAUGAAUAUGAAACAAAUUUCUCUCAAAAAUUAUCCUCAUCAUCCAAACAUACGACGAAUGAAAAGAAUUUAGAUAUACCAAUAAUGCCAACGAGUACAACUGGAAUAAAUAAAAAAUCACCUCGACAACUGGGUACUUCAGUACAACAGAAUACAAUCAUUCCUUCGAUACAUUUUACUAAAAAGCCGAUAAAACAAAAACAAGCACCGAAUGAGGUUACUAUUUCACAAUCAGUAGACAAUCAGUCUGUUCUCAAACCGCAUGCAUCAUCAUUGACGAAAGAUUCAAAUAAAAAUAUAAAACAAAAACAAGAUUUAAAAAAAAAACGUUAG